AGCGACCCCAAGUUCAAAAAGGCAGCGCGAGCCCUUGUAGCAGGCUCGAUUCUCGGAUUCGAUGCCGCAGCUGGAGAGGGUGCUGCAAGAGAACAACAAGCCCCGCGGCGGCUUCUUCUCCGCGCUCUCGCCUCGCCGUGCCGGCAAGUCCAAGCCGCCGCCGAAACCGCAGGCGGCGCAGCCAGCGCCAAGGGCUCCCCCGGGCGGCCUCUGUCGCUCCUCCAAGGCGCACCUCGAGGCGCUCGCCGCGCUCGCCGCCGUCGACAACCUCUCCGACCUCGACACGCCCGACAUUGUGGUGAUUGGGACGCAGUCGUCCGGCAAGUCGUCGCUGAUCAACGCGCUCACCGGCUUUGACCUCAUGCCGACCGGCACGGGGAUGGUGACGCAGGCGCCGCUGCGGCUCGUCCUCGAGCACUCUGGCUCCGACUCGCUGCUGGCGGAGCUGGGGCCGGUGCUUCCGGCGCACGCGGGCUUCGAGGGAGGGGGCGGCGGCGGCACCACCGGCGGCACCUUCAAGCUCUCGGUGCCCCCGACGGCAGAGCAGCAGGAGGCGCUCCGGCAAGCCAUCUCUGCCGUCGGCCGCGCGCUCGCCCCAAACCCGAUGAGCAUCACGCGCGAGACGAUCACGCUGCGGCUCGCGUCGUCGCGGCUGUCCAACAUGUCGCUCAUCGACCUCCCCGGCCUCACCUCGGUGCCGCUCGUCUCGCAAGGCCAGCCCGAGGACAUUCGCGAGCAGCUGCGCGAUCUCGUCGCGUCGUUUGCCGCAAACCCGCGCGCGACCAUCGUGCUGGUGUCGCAAGCGACGGGCGACCUGGAGGCGGACCAGGCGUUCGAGCUGGUCCGGCGGCUCGACCCGCGCCUCGAGCGCACCGUCGGCGUGCUCACCAAGGCCGACCUCGCCACGCGAGAUGCGGACGUCGAGCGCGUGUGCAGCUUUCUGUCGGGCAACGCGUCGGCUGAGGUCGUGCCGAAGCGAGGCCGGUUCGCGGUGUGCGUCAACGGCGGCGAGCGGGGGGGGGAGCAGGCCUUCUUCCAGACCUCGCCCCUCGGCAACCGAGCGCGCACGCGCGGCUGCGGCGGGUCGCUCGGCAGCCCUCAGCUCGCGUCCUUCCUGGCGGCGACCGCGCUGCAGCAGCUGGUCGCAGCCACGCCGGCCAUCCUGCAGCAGGCGCAGCAGAUGCGCGAGCGAGCGCAGCGGCGGCUGACGACGAUGGCGCCGUCCGUGCCGACGGACGACACGUCGCGCCACCUGCUUCUCAACACGCUGCUGAUGCACACGGCGCGCGAGAUCGAGACGGCGCACCGCUCCGCGUCGCGCUCGACGGGCUACCGCAUCAAGCUCGCCUUCGAGCGGCUCGAGGCGGCGCUGAACCGGCUCGACCCCUUCGAGGACCUGGUCGCGUGGGAGCGGCUGGUGCACGAGGCGGUGCGCAACCACGAGGGGUGGGGCUUCUCGAUGCUGCAGGGCUCAGACUCCAAGGUCGUCCAGCUCGCGCCGCCCGCGCUCUCCGAGUCGGCGAAGCGGGAGGAGAGGGCCGAGAGCGCGCUGGCGGGCCCGAGCAGCGUCGGCCACUCGCUCAGCCUGUACGGCCUCUCGAGCGACCUCUCGAGCGACGCGGCCGGCGGGGCGCUCUACCCGCCCGGUGACCCCGUCUACGAGCCUCCGCGCCACCUGCCGCCCAUCGACGGCUCCCCCUCCGCCGACUCGAACCGCCGACUGACCGCCUCGAGCGUGAGCGCCGCCGUCUCGGGCGUGUACACCGAGCGCACGCAGCACGCCUCCGGAGGCGAGAGCGACCUGCUCGACAGCGAGGAGGACUGGGGCAGCGAGCCGCCGCCGCCGCCGCCGCCGCCGCCGGUGAGCUACCCUAUGAGGCCGAGCGACACGCACGGCCACCGCCGCCGGCAGUCGCGGCGCAGCUCGCUGAUGGACGACGAGCUCUCGCGAGGCUUUCUGCCGAAGGACGUCAUCCAGCUGCUGCUCGGCGAGCACUCGGCGCACCGGCCGCUGCACACCCUCUUCGAGCCGUGCUGCGCUUGCCUGCGCGAGGUGACGGCCGAGCUGCGCGCGGUGGUCGAGGAGCCGCACCCGCAGCUCACCCGCUUCCCUCGCCUGGUCGACGCGGUGCGCGGACGGGCGGGCGCGCUCCUCGACCGGCUCGCCUACGUGACGGAGGAGGAGAUUGGCAAGAUGAUCGACAUGGAGGAGGCGUACGUCUUCGUCACGCGCGCGCUGCUGCGCCGGAUGGAGCGCGAGGGGGCGCACCGCGAGCCCUGCUCGGUGCUGCGCUACUACUUUGACGACGUGCGGCAGGCGGUCGCCAAGGCGGUGCCCAAGCUCGUCAUCACGUACCUGUGCCGCCAGCUCGAGGCCAAGGUGGGCGAGGAGCUCUUUGGCGUCGCCUACACGCCCGGCCUGCUCGAGGAGGUGCAGGACAAGGCGAAGACGCGCGCUGAGGACGAGGCGACCGUGCGCAACCUGAUCCGCGUCGAGGAGGCGCUGGCCAAACUCCCUCUGCAGUAAGGAGGGGGGGGGGGGAUCCUGAGUGGCGAGGCCAUCGCCGAGUGGGAGUGUGAUGUGUGUGUCGUCUCGUGUCCAUGUGUCGGGUGUUUAAUAGCUCCGAGUAGAGGGGGCGUUCUGCUGCUGGGGAAGCCCGGAGCGCGGAGCCCCCAAAACCCUCGGAGAACACGGCGAGACCCGAGACCCGUGUGUAGCCGCGGUGUGUUUACCUUAAAUAAAUAAAUAAAAAGGUCAAA